ACUCCAAUUUAUCAAUGAAGCAGCAGCCGCAGCCAUGAAGCUUCCACUCCCACUUCUGCUACUCCUUUCCCUUGCUGGCUUUGCCUCUGCGCAGAUUGUGCCACGGCAAUCCUGGUGCCGGCAGCCUUUGUCCCCGCGCCUGCCACGUGUGGCGGUGCCUGUGCGCCUCGUUGUCAUUCAUCAUACGGCCAGUGCGCCCUGCUACACGCCACAGCAAUGCCAGCAGGCACUGCAGCAGAUACGCGCGGGACACUUGUUGCGCAAGUUCCGGGACAUUGGCUAUAAUUUCCUGAUUGGCGGCGAUGGACGCAUCUACGAGGGCCUGGGCUUUGGCAUACGCGGCGAGCAUGCGCCGCACUACAACAGUCAGUCGAUUGGUGUGGCUUUCAUUGGGAAUUAUCAGCGUACUCUACCCUCGCCGCAGAUGUUACAGGCAGCGCGCACGCUGAUCACCAUCGCUGUGCAGCGGCGACAGCUUCAGCGCAACUAUGCACUGGUGGGCCACUGCCAGACAAAGGCCACAGCCUGUCCCGGACGCCAGCUGCUGGACGAGCUGCGCAAGUGGCCGCGCUGGCAGCCAAAGCCAUAGGAAUCGCAGUUUCAAUUUGUACAAAAAUGUAUUCU